UCGAUUGCUCGAUACUGCUUUCCUCAGGACUCCUUCAAAGCUUUCUUGACAGACCUCUAAAUCUUGUGUCUAUGGAAGCAUUACUGUUUCGGCAGGUGAACACAAUCUGAGCUUCUAUUUGAUGCUAUGCAUUGGCAUCUCUCCUAUGUCACAAUUGCAGCUUCAACUUAUCUUAUCGCCUGUAAGAAAUAUCUUAUUGGACAGAUUCAGUAUGUUUGGACACAAAUGUGGUGGAUCGUCGCUAUACACAGGGUCAUAUUCUUCGUGAGAAACUGUUAGGACUAUACAAUUCUGUCGGGAAGUGUUUCCGUACAUGCAUCAUCCAUGUUCCUGAUGCAAAUCUCGAGGCUGAUUCGUCACAAGCAGCUGGAAACUUUUCACUCGUGAAGAAAUGGGGGAUCGUUAUCGAACUCUAUACCUGGACAUGAAUGAGAUGGGAGUGGCUUGAUUGAAGAUCUGGAUCUGCAAAUGGUACGAAGUGGCCAGAUUCCUUCGAUGCAAACUUUCAAACCAUAGAGCCAUUGUCAUUAUGUUUUAUAUUCCAUCUAGUGACGGUGUUGGAAUAUGCAACAAAGACCCAACCUCUGGCUGAAUAGCGCGAAAUUAAUAGUCUGAAGCCUAGAUUGUGGAGAAAGUUACACAUCUCGGUGUUCAAGGCCUAAACUCUGCGGCUUGGAAAGCUUUGAAACUAGUCAUGGGUGAACCCUUUCCCGAUCGCUAUGUGCACCGAUACCUAGAUACAUUUAUUGAUUGUGAAGUCGUUCAACAUAAGGUGUUGGAAGUAGACGAAUGCAUGUUUGUGCCACGUUCCCUUAUUAUGUUUGAAAUUAUGCGCCAGGGCACAGCAGUAAAAUUCUGGAUCGGUGAACAAGAUGAGGAAAAUCCCCUACAUAUAUGGGUGGACAACGAGCCCAUAUCCAUAGACUAUUUUUCAACUUGGUUUCUGACCGUCAAAAAGCAGCAAAUUUUUGUUGAGGAGUUUUACGUUAGUGAGCUCGAUGUUGUCGUCCACCGUUCGAUUUCUGCUAUGUGGCAUAAGGUGUGGAAUGGUCAUUUCAGGCUGAACUUGGACUGGGGAGGUAGAACAGUAGUGAUUGGAGAUAUGAUAACAGAUCAAGUUUCGAGUAACCUUCCCGAGGUCGAAGAGCGCAUCAGAUUGAUGUAUCCCAAGUUCCACUCAUUUCCAUGAGUUCGUAGAGUGUAAUAAUUACUUUCGUUAAUUUUUGUGUUGAUUUACAUCACUCCAUUAUUGCACUAAAUUAGCUGAAUCCGCAGAUUCUCCGAUUUUUUUAAAUCUCUGGACUUACUAGGAGGAGUUCACAGCUGCAGUAAGCAUACAAAAUCUUGUCAGAUUGUGUAUAACAAAAAAUAAAGUAUC